GAAAAAAAGCCUGGCGCAUGGCGAUGACUAAUCGCUGGCUGCGAUGACAUCAUUACCAACAUGUUAUUUUCAAAUUCUUCUCCGAUAUUUGUUGCAUGAUUUCUUUUUCAAGGCCGGCUGAAGACCUUUCUUGCUCUGCAUACUGUCUAUUCUCUCAUUUCCCAAAGCCCUUUCAGCGGCGACAAUUGUCUUCGUUGCGCUACUGAAUAUCUGGCGAUUCGGAUUGGUAUCGCAAUAGUCCUUUUAUUAUUUCAACUUCUAGUGUUGGCAAUUCAGAAUGCAAAAGAAAGUUUGAAUGUGAGUGCACUGACCGCGAUCCUAAUAAUAGCACAAAGAGCUAUUGUGCUGCGCCUGGCUACACCAGGAGCACCAUGGAUCCAAGAGGAGCAGGGCAGCUGUUCAAUGAAGCGUUAGGUCAGGCACGGUAUGCCUCUGAGUACGACAAAUCUGGACAAGUUGAUGCUGCUGUCCAUUACUAUCGCGAGGCGAUUAGCACCUUCCAGAGAGCAUUUGCUAUGGACAAGAACCUGCGCACGGACGUGAAUAAACAGGCCUACUGCAAGCUUGCGCAAAGCCGACUGGACGUGCUGGCACCGCCGCCACCGCCGCCAUAUUCCUCGUUGGGUCAGACCAAUCCACAGGCUGGUGGUGCUGCCGCUUCUGCACAGAAGAGUCCACUACACACGGAGGCUGAGACUCACUUGCUGAAGGCAAUGGGCUUUGAUGAGAAGAACCAGUUGCAGCAAGCCAAAACGUCCUACGAAGCAGCCAUUCAGAAGUACCUGGAAGGUUCGAGGAAGACAACUUCGGAGGAAGAGAAAGCCAAGAUGAUGAAGCGGGCGCAGGACUGCCUGGAUAGGGCAGAGAAGCUGAGUAAACUGAUCUCUGAAUCCAGCAAGCCGGUGGCUGAUGCCCGCAGCAAGGGUUCAAGCACAAGCCACAUUCCCGUUGAUUCCGGGAGCUCUGGUUUGGGCAGGCACUCCCCUAGUGCACCACACGCCGCGACUGGUCGGUCUAUCUCGCCAGCACGGAACACAGGUGCAUCGCCUCCUGCUACAGCACCGGUCGACUCGGCGCCGCGCCUGACGCCGCAGGAGAUCCUGUUACUGAAGAACUCAUCUUACAUCAACAACCAUUGCUAUUUGCCAUGGAUAGAUCAGGAUGUUAAGUCCAAGUUCCACUUUCUUGAGGCCUACACUGACUCUGAUGGUGUACUGGCCUUGUCGCCAAAGCAGAAGGAGCGAAUCGCAAGGUUUGCCAGACCAGUUGAGAUUUGUGAUGAUCCGAAAAUCAUUCGCCUGAUCUCUCAUCAGAGCAUCAAACAGACCUUGGUUUCGGACUGCUCCUUUGUGGCAUCACUGGCAGUGUGUGCGGUGUACGAGUUCCGCUUCAAGAAGCGGGUCAUCACAAGCUGCAUAUACCCGCAGAAGAGAGAUGGCACUCCGAUUUACAAUGAGAGCGGCAAGUAUAUCAUCAAGCUGCGACUCAAUGGAAUUCCUCGCAAGAUUGAGAUAGAUGAUCGGUUGCCGGUGGAUAAACAUGGCCGCCUGCUCUGCUCCCACUCAACACAGUCUGAUGAACUGUGGGUCAGUCUGAUGGAGAAGGCUUACAUGAAGGUGAUGGGUGGUUAUGACUUUCCGGGUUCCAAUUCGAAUAAUGACCUGCACGCUCUGACUGGCUGGAUACCAGAGCGUAUUGGUAUGCACAACAAGCACGAAGAGUUUGAUUCGGACAAAGUCUACGAUCGUCUGAGAGCCGGCCUGCAUCGAGGCCAGUGCCUGAUCACGGUGGCCACACCGCCCAUGUCCAAGGCGAACGCUGACCGUGCUGGCUUGGUGGAGACGCACGCCUACGCCAUUCUGGACAUGCAGCACGUCGGGGAUAAGCGGCUUUUGCAGGUGAAAAACCCAUGGCAACACCUGCGCUGGAGGGGUGACUACGGCGUGGACGAUGACAAGAACUGGACUCCGGCACUGGAACGGCAGUUUAACUAUGAUCGUGAUGCUGCACGGAAAUCAGACAACGGCGUGUUUUGGAUCAGUUGGGAAGCCCUGCAGCACUUCUUUGAUGUUGCGUAUGUCAACUGGGAUCCGGCGCUGUUCACACGGAAGUGCAUCUUCCACGCCUCAUGGUCUGCCGCCUCGUCUGGCAUAAAGCGGGACAGCUUUUCAUAUGCUCCUAACCCGCAGUAUCACCUGGAGGUCAACUCUCCCGGCACGGACUCAGUGGUGUGGGUUCUGCUCAGCAAACAUGUGACUCGCAAGGCUUCCUUUGCAGACAAUCAGGACUUCAUCACCGUACAUGUGUAUGAUGGAGACAAACGUAUCUUUUACCCGGACGGACCGCGUGUGCAGGGAGUAAAGAUCAACAGCAUCCACUACCUGGCCAAGAUCGAGAACGUGCCACGCGGCCGCAGCCACUACAUGCUGGUCAUCUCACAGUAUGAGCAGACCAACAACAUUGACUACACACUGGAGGUGCACGCAACUUGCUCUAUCCAGUUGAAGUUGAUGCCGACUGUGGCAGAGAUGUACCGAAUCCAUAAGCAUGUGGCUGAUAAGUGGACAGCUGCAACUGCUGGUGGUUGCCAAAACAAUCGGACCACAUUCGGCAACAACCCAGUGUUUCAGCUCACACUGCAGGGCACUGGCACAGCUAAUCUUCUUGUGGAGCUCAAAGGAAUCAAGGAGUUUGCUGUGGGCUUUGACAUAUCCGCCGAUCCGAAUAGUGCAGAGGGAAAGUCGUACAAGCUGCCUCCACCAGCAACAUACCGACCUGGGUACUAUGUUCAGUCAUUUCCCAAUGUACCAUGUCCGGGCGUGUUCCGCAUUAUACCCACCACCUAUGACGCUGGCAAGGUCGGGCCAUUCUUUCUAGAUGUCUACUGCUCGACCACGUUUGUCCUGGAGCGCUUGAAGUAGCAUGUCUCCACAGCUGGACUAGUUGCACUGAUCCUGCGUUGUGCCCCCCCCCCCCCCUCUCUCUCCCCCUCCCCGUCUCUCUGAUGGCACUUUGGGUAUGCACAUAGCUCCCUUAUCCUGCCUUGCUGCUACUCCAUUUCCAGCCUAUGCAGGCAUUCAGAGCUACAUGUAUUGCUAAAAAAUACUUUUGAUUUUUACAUUUCUCAAAGUUUGCCCAAAACUUUAGGUUGUGCUUGUGUCACAUGGCACAGGUGUUUGACAGGCAGGUCCUGUCAUGCUUUGUUUGCCUUUUUACAGAUUCAUUCCCUUUUUAUCUCUUAGGAAACGCUGGCUCCGUCCAUGGUAUCAUGCAUCCCUGACCAAUAUCACAAUUGCUCUGCCUAAAAUUUAAUUUCUUUAUCCUGUAUUUCCAUUUAGACAUUCUGCUCUCUUUUAAAAGGUUUCUCAACGUUUUUCGGCUCUGCUUCUAUGAUAGGAAAUACAGUAUCCUGUUCAAUAGUACUACCGUAUACACAUGUUACUGGCUCUCCAUGCCAUACAAAUCACUAUAGCGUAAUGCAUACCGUAAUCUCGUGCAUUUUUAAAUGCUCAUAUAUUCGAAAACAAGAACAUGUCCUUAAAAGGACAUGUUCUUGUUUUCGAAUAUAUGAGCACUCUCGCUUAUAAGAACAUGCACAUUAAAUUUUAUAAGUGAAUGAAAAUCGCAAAACCA